AGGGUACUCAACACUGAUUACUGUCAGACUUUCACAGUCCUCCAUCACUUUAAUUAAGAUUAUUAUAAUGUCAUUUUAAAGCACAGCCACCACAAAAUCAGACUUUAUCAGCUCUUUUUACUUUGAGAUCGAUCUGAGGUUAAAUACAGAUUCCAUCAUAAGAUUUGAAAUGAAAUCUUUGCUAUGACCAGAAACACUGGUAUCUUUUAAAAUUUCUUAGAAAUAAAGCAUAUGCAUAAACCCAAGUAGGAAAUAUGUGAGUUAUGGCAUAAGCAUGUGCUCUAUUCUGUGUCCCAGACUCCUGAAACACUGCUGUCUCAUAUUUAAACCACUCAAUGCAAUUAAUAAAAGAAAUCAAUCAUAUCUGUAUGUCUGUGAAAAUAUUCAGAUGUAACCCCUUUAUAAUCUUUUAACAUUUUCAGAAGUAACUGUAAUUUAAUUACACAUUUUCUCAGUAAGUGGAACAUUUAUUUUGUAAUUAAAUUACGUAAGUGUGACCCUGAACCACAAAACCAGUCAUAAGGGUCAAUUUUUCGAAAUUGAGAUUAAUACAUCAUCUGAAAGCUGAAUAAAUAAUCUUUCCAUUGAUGUGUGGUUUGUUGGACAAUAUUUGUCUGAGAUGCAACUAUUUGUAAAUCUGGAAUAUGAGGGUGCAAAAAAAUCUAAAUAUUGAGAAAAUCACCUUUAAAGUUGUCCAAAUGAAGUUCUUAGCAAUGCAUAUUACUAAUCAAACAUGAAGUUUUGAUAUAUUUACGAUAGGAAAUGUACAAAAUAUCUUCACGGAACAUGAUCUUUACUUAAUAUCCUAAUGAUUUUUGUCAUAAAGAGAAAUCAAUAAUUCUGGCCCAUAUAAUGUAUUGUUGGCUAUUGCUUCAAAUAUAGCUGUGCUGCAGGGACACAUAUCUGUUAAAUGCAAGUAGUUACUCCCAACACUGGUAACGACUUACACAUACUCGCGCCGCGUCUCUGUAAUUAACUAGUUUCUGUAAUCAGAAAGUACUCUUUGAUUAGUUUAAAACUGUGUACUUUCAGGCUACUUUCUCCUCCGUCUGUGGUCGUUACUUGCUUGUUUUGAUCGUAUUGUUUAGUCGUGUUUCGGUGCGCUGUGUCCAACACUGAUGGGUGGAUGGUGCAGAUGUUUGAGCAAAAUCAGUGCCACGUCUGAAGAAGGGCGGAGCGAACGAGAACGCGACGCGACGCGACGCCCUUCAUCUGCACAUCUGACCCGCGUCCGUCGUUACAGCUCGAACACUUCAGCAAAAGUGACUUUGAGACUGCAUUUCGUUCCUCUGCAAACGCUCGAGUUUGUGAAGAAGCGAAGCCGCUGGACGCUGAGAGUCGAGUUCUCGUGAAGAGUAAAGGAAUGAGAGAACGCGCCGCUCGCUGAGCAUCGCGACGCACGGAACCAUGACCGCGAAGAACAGAAACAAGAGCAGCUCGCAGCCCGGGAACAGCGACAAGACGCCCGCGAGCCCGCAGCCCGAGGACGCGCCGAAGACCAGGAGCCCGAGAGCGCCGCGAGCGGAGAGCAACGCGUCGGGCUCGCCGCUCCUGAAGCUGCUGUCCGCGCUGUGUUACCUGGGCUUCGUGGCCGGGACCGUGAUCGCGUCCGUGUGCUUCUACCAGGAGCUGUCCGAGAUCAAGCGCGCGAGCGCCACACACGAGCAGAGCGUCCAGAGGAGCGCGGACGCGCUGCAACAGAUCAGGUCGAUGCGGGCGUCUCUGGAGGCUCUGGAGAGCGCGGUGCACAGCGUCAGGACUGAUCUGGAGCGCACCGGCCGAGCCGCUCAGAAAGGAGAGGACAACACCCGGCGGCUGGAGGACUCGCUCCACAAACUCCAGAGCAAGGUCUCCCAGGAGCUGGCGCAGGCUGCCCGGGAGGUGAAGGAGGCGCGGGAGCAGGACGCCUCGUCCCUGGAGGAGCGUCUGUCCCAGCUGAGCCGCUCCACGGCCGAGUCCUCCGUCCAGCAGAGCCGCUUCCAGAGCGAGCUGCAGGAGCUCCGGGCUCGUCUGGAGCAGCAGGACGCCCCGGCGCUCCUCGGGCAGGAGCUGGCGUCCCUCCGGGGCACCGUGGCCACGCUCAGCACCGCCAGCGAGGUGUCCGAGGGGAACACGGCCGUGCUGCGGGAGCAGAUCGCAGCGGUGAGCGCCGAGCUGCAGACCAGGAACAGGGAGGUGGCGUCCGUGUCCGAGGACGUGGAGGCCGUGAGGACGCUGCUGCAGAGCACCGCGGGGAACCUGAGGGACGAGGUGUCCGCGGCUCGAGCCGACGCUCAGAGCGCCUCGGACCAGAUCCAGAGCCUCAGCGACCGGCUGGAGGAGUCCAGCACCGCCCUCCACAGCCUGGAGACGCACACCAGAGACCAGCUGCUCCAGCUGCAGAAGCACAGAGAGGACGCGGAGGUCCGGCUGAAGGGUGUGGAGGAGAGCCAGCAGGGCACGGAGGCCUCGCUGACGGAGCAGACCACCAGACUCAACGCUCUCGCGGCCAAGCACGAGUCCCACCAGCGCUCGCUGGACGACUGCAAGGCGACCGCAGACACAGAGAGCCAGGCGCUGAGAGACGGACUGGACGGGCUGAGGAGCAGUCUGGAGGAGCUGCAGACCCAAGUAUCUGAACGGGAUGCUGUUCCAGAGCAAGAACCAGUCGACGCACUUAAAAAUAAUACUUAGUGAUCCUGAGAUGAGCUGCUGGAGGCAGACGCUGUCGUUCAGGUGGUGGAAGCGUGAAAGCUGGGUGAACUGCUGUUUCUUCAGUCGACACAUAACUGCACUGUAGUUCGUAGCUGCUCAGAGGUUUUCAAGGGCUAUCGAUCAUUCUCUCUCUGAACUCAUCACGAUUGUAGCUGUUUUACAAUAAAACUAUUAAAAUGGUUCCACA